GUUCUCCACCAGUUUCGCCUACUACGGGCUGGCCAUGGAUCUGCAGGGCUUCGGGGGGGACAUCUACCUGAGCCAACUGGUNUUUGCGGCCGUGGACAUCCCGGCCAAGUUGGCCUCGGUGCUGGUCAUCAGCUGCGUGGGGCGGAGGGUGGCCCAAGGUGGCUCCUUGGCGCUCGCUGGCGUCUGCAUCCUCGCCAACAUCAUUGUGCCAACGGGGGGGUGGAGGGAGCUGCAGACGCUGCGCAUGGCCUUGGCCGUGAUCGGGAAGGGAUCAUUGGCCGCCUCCUUCAACUGCGCCUACAUCUUCACCGGAGAGCUCUUCCCCACCGUCAUCAGGCAGACGGGGAUGGGCCUGGGGGGCACCAUGGCGCGCGUGGGCAGCAUGGUGGCCCCGCUGGUGCGCAUGGCAGCCGACGUCACCCCAGCACUUCCCCUCCUCAUCUAUGGGGCCGCCCCCAUCAUCUCCGCCAUCGCCACCUGCUUACUGCCCGAGACCCGCCACACGCCCCUGCCCGAGACCGUCCAG